AAAAGAAAAACAACAAAAACCUAAGCCACCAAACCUGUAGCCACGUCCCUGCCGAGCUUCUCCUCUCUUAGCUGCUUUAAGAAUUUGUGAUUUAACGACCCUUUUCUCUUCUCCCAAUUGGGUUUUCGACACCAUUAACAGAAUUUCAAGAAAUAGUGUAAAUUGCCCUCAAAAGAUUUGGUUUCAGAAGGCAGUUUUGAACCUGAAAAAUCCGAUUUUGAAUCAGGAUUGCUUGAUUGUUGGAGUAUAUUUUCAGCAGGGGGAGCUAAUUAGCUAAGUUAAUUGGCUCUCUCUGCUUUCUGCAAAACCCGAGUCACUUCAUUCGUCGAAAGAACUUUAUUGUCAUUUAUAUCCAUUUUUUGGAGCUUCCUUAGCUGAUUUAUUAUGGCAACAUUGUCACAUUUUUGUGGGGUUAAAACUCCCUACCCUUCUGUACUCAAAAGAAGCGUGCAUUUCCCACAACUUGAUUUUGUGGGUACUGUCCCCUUUGUUUCUGCGCCAAGUAAAUCUGUGAAGGCUUCUUGUUGUGAAAGAGUGCAGAAACUGGUAUGUAAAGCACAAGCAGCUAAUGUUAAUCCUAAAGAGACCAAGAAUGAAUCUUUUGGUGAGGUUCCUGAUGAAUUGACCUGUGUUAUGAAGUUUGGUGGUUCAUCAGUAGCCUCAGCCGAAAGAAUGAGAGAAGUAGCUGAUCUUAUUCUUAGCUUUCCAGAAGAGAGACCUGUUAUUGUUCUCUCUGCAAUGGGAAAGACAACAAACAACCUUUUGCUGGCUGGUGAAAAGGCUCAGAGUUGUGGUGUUUCCAAUGUUUCUGAUCUGCAAGAGCUGGCUUUUAUAAAGGAGCUCCAUCUUAGGACAAUAGACGAUCUUGGAGUAGAGAGUUCUACCAUUUCAAAGCAUCUACUCGAACUGGAACAACUUUUGAAUGGAAUUGCUUUGAUGAAAGAGUUGACUCCACGAGCAAGGGACUACUUGGUGUCCUUUGGAGAGUGUAUGUCCACAAGAAUAUUUACCGCAUAUCUGAAUAAACUUGGUGUCAAAUCCCGCCAAUAUGAUGCAUUUGAGAUGGGUAUUAUAACUACUGAUGAUUUCACUAAUGCGGAUAUAUUGGAAGCAACUUAUCCUGCUGUUGCAAAGAGAUUAACUGGUGAUUGGAUGAGUAAUCCUGCAAUCCCUAUUGUCACUGGGUUUCUUGGGAAGGGUUGGAGGACUUGUGCUGUGACUACACUAGGUAGGGGUGGUAGUGACUUGACUGCUACAACAAUCGGUAAAGCAUUGGGAUUACGUGAAAUUCAGGUCUGGAAGGAUGUUGACGGUGUUUUGACAUGUGAUCCCAACAUAUAUCCACGUGCUGAGACUGUGCCAUAUCUAACUUUUGAUGAGGCAGCUGAACUUGCAUACUUUGGCGCACAGGUCCUUCAUCCACAGUCCAUGAGGCCUGCUAGAGAGGGUGAUAUUCCUGUUAGGGUUAAAAACUCGUAUAAUCCUAAAGCUCCUGGCACUCUCAUCGUUAAAACAAGAGAUAUGAGUAAGGCGGUACUUACAAGUAUUGUUCUUAAACGAAAUGUAACCAUGUUGGAUAUCGCGAGUACCCGUAUGCUUGGUCAAUUUGGCUUCCUUGCAAAGGUUUUCUCCAUCUUUGAAGACUUAGGGAUAUCUGUUGAUGUCGUUGCGACAAGUGAAGUUAGUAUUUCCUUGACAUUGGACCCAUCAAAACUUUGGAGCAGAGAACUAAUUCAACAGGAGCUUGAUAACGUUGUAGAAGAACUUGAGAAAAUUGCAGUUGUGAAGCUACUUCAAAACAGAUCAAUCAUCUCUUUGAUUGGGAACGUCCAGAGGUCCUCGUUGAUUUUGGAAAAGGCUUUCCACGUUAUGCGUACCAAUGGUGUCAACGUUCAGAUGAUCUCUCAAGGUGCAUCAAAGGUUAAUAUCUCAUUGAUAGUAAACGACAGUGAAGCGGAACAAUGUGUAAGGGCUCUCCACCAUUCCUUCUUCGAGAGUGAUCUUUCUGAACUAGUCUGGGAAAGUCGAUCUGGAAAUGGCUAUGCUACUACUACUACUACUCCCUUGUCCACGUUGUCCAAUUAAGUUUCCUUCGGUUUCUCCUUCGUAUGAUUGUUCUUUCCAAUAAUAUUUUCGAGGAAAUGAACGAAAUUUUGCUAGUACUUUUUUGGGGUGUGGGUGCAGUUUCGUCGUUGUAACAUUUAUCACUUGUAGCAAGAAGACACAUUUUAUGAUCUAUCUAAGCUACCUUUAUUAUA